AUGUUGCCCGCCGUCCUCCUCACGACCCUCCUGCUCUCUGCGCUGACCGCGCAUAGCAUCGCGGGACACGCGGGUCUUGCACCGACACCAGCACAAGCCCUAGCACAAGACGACGCGAAAUGGCUAUACAAACGGCGCCGCGGAGGCGGCGGAGACUCCAGCUCUGACUCGGACUCCUCCUCCUCCUCCUCCUCCUCCUCCUCGGAUUAUGACGAUUACGACUCAGACAGCGGCAGCGGCAGCAGCAGCAGCGGCAGCUCUGCACCAAUGUGCUACUACGACAAGAACGUGACGAUCGAGAUGAUGAACACAGGCAGCUUCGGGGACUUCUACCGCGCGGGCACGGGCAGCCCAGGCAACAACACAGGCGGCUACACCCCGGAAGGCUCAGGCACAUACCCGCGCUGGGACAACAGCAGCGGGGCGUGGGUAUCGGUGCGCGACUACGACGUAUCCUACCUGCUCAGCGGACACGAAUACGUCUACCUCGGCGGGGCGGGGGUACCCUACACAGCGGGGGAGACGUCGCCGAACGGGGUGACACCCACCCGGCUGGACCUGGACUUCGAGACGGCGCCGUACCCGUAUAUCGGGGGGGAGUUGUGCUCGGUAGCGAACGCGUCGUGGGCGUACCGGUACGCGGCGCGGUACAACUGGACGGAGCUGAACAUGGAUGAUGACGACUACGGCGCGUAUAUUGUGCAUCUGCUGCCGGUGUACUGCUGCUGCGCGCUGUAUACGGUGUGCGGGUGCGACGACGGGCAUCGCAAUGCGAGCUUUGUGCCGGCGUUGCUGGAGUAUCUGGGGAUUUAUAAUGAUCCGCGCAAUGACACUGAUGUGUGCAGUGUUACUGUGGAUGGGGAGUUGGUGUUGGUGGUGAAUGGGACGCUGGCGAAUGGGUCGACUAUGGCGGAUCGCGAGGCGACGCCGACUAAGGAGACGGUGCUGGUGACCGAGUCGAGGAUCUGCGAGGCGGAUGAGGCGGCGGCGUCCGGGGGGAGUGCGGUGUAUGCUGGGUUGGGGUGGGUGGUGUGGAUGGUGAUGGGGUUUGGGGUUGGGAUGGGGAUUGUUUUGGUGUAG